GAGAGCACAACCUCUUUGGAGACGAGCUCUGCAUGCUGUGUGUUGAGAGGCCGCGUGCGCGUGGCGGCGCUACUCGUCUCACGGAUUGCGGCCACGCAUCGUUUUGUUCGUCGUGCGUCCGGGCACGGGGCCACUGUCCAGUCUGCCAUGCAAAGCUUGUGGGCUGGGGUCUUAUGUGAUGUUGUGUACAUUUGUUUCCCCCUGUUGAGAAAUAAGUAUGAAUCAAAACCCUGACCUGAACCUAGGGAGCUAUGUCCUUCAUUUUCUUCAAGCCAUUCAGACCUAAGAGCGCAGCUGAGCUCGUCAAGUCGACGCGGGACGCGCUCGCUGCCCUGGAUGACAAGACCGUGGCGGAUGUGCGGCUGCUGGACAAGGCGCUCGAGGAAGUGGACAAGAACCUCUUGGCCAUGAAACACAUGAUCCUCGGCGAUGGCGAGGCAGAGCCCAGCCCAGAUCUGGUUGUGCAGCUUGUAGCCGAGGUGUGCAAGGAUGACUUUCUGGAAAUUCUCAUCCACAAGCUCCCUAAUCUAGGCUGGGAGGCAAGGAAGGAUACAGUCCAGGUAUGGUGCAUUCUUCUGCGCCAAAAGGGUGGCCUCGCGGUACACUGCCUGGAAAAUCACCCCGAGCUUCUAGAUUUCCUCAUCUCGUGCUAUCAGAACAAGGACACUGCUCUCAACUGUGGCGUCAUGCUAAGGGAGUGCUCCCGCUUUGCAAGCCUAGCAGCAUACAUGCUCGAGUCGGCCAGCUUCGAGCUGUUUUUCAAACUCGUGGAGCUUCCCAACUUCGAUAUUGCCUCGGAUGCCUUCACCACGUUUAAGGAGCUUCUCACCAGGCAUGGGAGCGUUGUAAAUAACUACCUUAACUCGCACUAUGACCAGUUUUUUGAGCUGUACGAGCGGCUGCUAAGCUCCAGCAACUAUGUCACAAAACGGCAAUCUCUCAAGUUGCUCGGGGAUUUUCUCCUGGACAGAUCUAACACGCAAGUCAUGCUACGGUACAUCUCGGACAAGCGCAAUUUGCUGAUAGUCAUGACGCUUCUCAAGGACCCAAGCAAGAGCAUCCAGUCGUCUGCGUUCCAUAUAUUCAAGGUGCGCCUCGUCGAUCAGCAAAUGGCGAGCUCUCUUGUCCUUGUGCAGGUAUUUGUUGCAAACCCGAAGAAGCCAGCCCCCAUCGUGCACGUCUUGGCAAAGAACAGAGACAGACUGCUGCGCUUUCUGGACAACUUCCACCUUGACAAGGGUACGUAUAUUCUCACAAACCUUUGCUGCUGCUCCACCAUACGUGCAUGUGGACGUGUGCAUGUUCACCUCCAGAGGACGAGCAGUUUGAGGAAGAAAAGGAGCUGCUGGUCAAGGAGAUCGAGGCGCUGGCCACACGCUGAUGGAGUGUUUAUUUGUGCCCCUAGGAGGUAGCUAGCUAUGGUCACUCCCCAGUGACGACGACGAGGCAUCCACACAUGGUGGAGAGCGCGCUGCUUGUCGGCUGGUAUAAACAGGCGUCCACCUUCACAGCUUC